AUGGAUCUUGAAAAGGAAUUCCCAGAACACGCGGAGGAGGCACAGUCUGCUGUCUUCCUUGAUGAUCGCGAGGAGUACGACUAUUUUUUGAGCAAAUUUGAUACAAAACGGCGAAACAAGCUCCUGCGGAAGAUUGAUUGGCGCUUAUUACCGAUACUGUCUCUAUUCUAUCUCAUAUCGUUCAUGGAUAGAGCCAAUAUUGGAAAUGCGAAGCUACAGGGCCUCGAGGAAGAUUUAAACUUGACUCCCGGCGAGUACAACUGGGCGUUAACUAUCUUUUUCUUCCCUUACGGCGCCUUCGAGGUUCCUAGCAAUCUUGCAUUAAAGUUUACAAAGCCCUCAAUAUGGAUUCCUAUUAUCAUGCUCUCAUGGGGCUUGGUGAUGAUGUGUAUGGGUUGGGUAAAAGACUACUCUGGAUUAUUAGCGACUCGCUUUUUCUUAGGAGUGACCGAGGCCGGCCUAUUUCCGGGGGUAACUUAUCUCUGCUCUACGUGGUAUUGCCGCUAUGAACUGCAGUUUCGUAUUGCUUUGUUCUAUUGCGCAGCCAGCCUUGCCGGUUCUUUUUCUGGACUUCUUGCAUAUGGCAUAGGGUUCAUGGACGGGAUCAGAGGUUAUAGCGGCUGGCGUUGGAUCUUUAUCCUGGAGGGUGUUCUCACAAUAAUCGUCGCCUUAGUCUCGCAUCCCUUCAUAUGCGAUGAUCCAGUGUCGUCUUCCUGGCUGACUAUAGAAGAAAAGCGAUUCAUCACUUUAAGGCUGCAAUUUGAUGGCCACGAAAGCGGAUACAAGGAGUCUGCAUUCCAGAAAUAUCAUUUGAAACAAGCCUUUUUGGACACGAAAGUUUACCUCGGCUGCAUAUUAUUCACGAUCGUAUCUAUGGGGACGUAUGCAUUGUCCUUCAGUCUUCCCACGACAAUCAAGAUCCUUGGCUACACUGCAGCUCAGGCGCAACUUAUGACCAUUCCAGUAUACGCAUUUGCGAGUAUAAUGUGUGUGCUCAAUGCAUGGGCCUCUGACCGCCUGGGGCGUCGAUAUCAUGCUGUUGUGAUUCCCUACCUGAUCGGGAUCAUAGGUUUCAUUAUUUGCAUAACCGUUGACCCGGAAGAAAAGCCAGGAGUAAUCUAUCUUGCGAUGUUCUUCAUUGCAGCAGCGCUUUUCCCCACGACUCCCAGUGUCGUUUGCUGGAUGGCGAAUAAUCUAUCAGGACAAUGGAAGAGAGCAGUCGGAAUGGCUCUUACAUUUACUGGCGGCAACCUAAUUGGAGGUGUUGUCGGGUCAAACAUCUUUUUGGCCAGAGAGUCUCCAACAUUUCACACAGCCUACUACAUAAUGGUGGCCGUUUUUGGUGCUGGCAUUUUGGUCGCCACGUUCAAAUUAUGGCUUCUCAUCGCGACAAACAAGAAGCGAGAUGGUCUGGUCGAAAGUAUGCCGGAGGAAAGGCUGGCAAUAUUGGAUGAAGAAACCAAGUUUUUGGGAGAUAAUAGCCCCUUUUUCCGUUAUACUCUAUGA